ACUGAGUGCUGGAGAUGCUGCUGCUACUGCCGCCGCCGCUGCCGCUGCGGGACGGGUUCGGGUCCGAGUCGGUCUUGGCGGGCACGGGGCGUGGGACAACCCGGGACACAGCGGUAGCAGCAGGAGCACACUGAGAACCAUGUCCAGGAAGAAGACCCCCAAGAGCAAGGGGGGGAGUGAGCCGGCUACCUCUACGCUGCCCGCCGCCGCCGCCGCCACCAAUGGGCCACGUCUGGCACAUCCGAGGACUGUGCGCCCUGGCCCAGAGGCACCGCCCAAUGGGCCCCCGCAGUCCAUCCGGCCCUCACUUGGUAGCACUGGAGACUUCUACGAUGUUGCUUUCAAGGUCAUGCUGGUGGGGGAUUCCGGUGUGGGGAAGACCUGCCUGCUUGUGCGCUUCAAGGAUGGGGCUUUCCUGGCUGGUACCUUCAUCUCCACUGUGGGCAUCGACUUCCGGAAUAAAGUUCUGGAUGUGGAUGGCAUGAAGGUGAAGCUGCAGAUCUGGGACACAGCUGGUCAGGAGCGGUUCCGAAGUGUCACCCAUGCCUACUACCGAGAUGCUCACGCACUGUUGCUGCUCUACGACAUCACCAACAAAGAUUCCUUCGACAACAUUCAGGCCUGGUUGACAGAGAUCCAGGAAUAUGCCCAGCAGGAUGUGGUGCUCAUGCUGCUAGGGAACAAGGUUGACUCUACUCAAGACCGUGUGGUAAAGAGGGAAGAUGGGGAGAAAUUAGCCAAGGAGUAUGGGCUACCUUUCAUGGAGACCAGCGCAAGGACUGGCCUCAACGUGGACUUGGCUUUUACAGCCAUAGCAAAGGAGCUGAAACAGAGAUCAGCCAAGGCUCCCAGCGAGCCGCGCUUCAGGCUGCAUGACUAUGUUAAGAGGGAGGGCCGAGGGGUCUCCUGCUGUCGACUCUGAACCUUGCUGAAACUCAGUUCCACGCUGGAGGAAGCAGUUCUGCCUUUGAGAAUUGCCCGAGUCUAUAGACUUGUCCUCAAAGGAUGGAUGCCCUAGUGUCUUCUCAAAGACACCAGAGGCUAAUGCUUACCCUUUGCCCCAGUGGCCACCAGAAAUGGUCUUGAAGCAUAAAAACCAGGCCACAGCACAUUGCUGCCCUCUUCUGGGCACUCCCAGAAGUGAGGAGGGGGACCACACGCAGCACACUGCUCAGACAGGACCCCACUCAAGGCUAUGUCAGUCACUGUCCAUUUGUUGGACUGCUUCCGACUCACUAGGAGGCUGAUAUAGGGACGCACAGCAAGGUCAGAAUGAUAGAACCCAGUCACAACUUAGCAGGCUGGCCCAGUCCGUUCCACUUUGUACUAAAGUCACCAAGCCACAAAUGUUGAGUGAAAACCUGUCCUCUAAGUCCCUAUUAAUAAAGGUGUUUCUGGA